GAGUAUCAAGAUGAUCAAGAUCGAUCAAAAUUGCGGUGGUCUGGACUGAGACGCCAAGUAAUUCUGUAGACUGAUACAAAUGUUAGGUAGAACCUACUGACUCCAUCUUGAACAUCUUGAAAUCUUGAAUGCUUAAAGCAAUUAAUAUUUCUUUGUGGGCAAAGUUGGAAAUUAGUAUAUUACAACACUAGCGUUUUACUCCGACAUCGCUCUUGUGCUCGUAGGGUGGGGAAGGAGGUGUACUGCUGGCGAUAAAAUGGCGGAGGAGGGGUUAAGGCUGAGGUUCGUUUCAGUACGUUAACUGUUAAAUCGUGUUAAUCGCUGCCUAUCGCUGUUGAUAUAAUGCUAGGAUACAUGAAUUAAUUUUAUCAGUUAAUAGCUGUUGUGGAGAUACUGCAGUUGAUUGUCUCAGAACAGUGAAUAAAUGAUGGCAUCCGAAGGACGUAACAGUUGGCGAUCGAGAAUCUGCUGAUGAGAAUCACAGUUUUGUAAUUUUGAUAAUUACUAUGGAUUUCGAAGGAAAAUAUAACAUCAAAAGCCCAGCCGUAAAGAGGUUGAUGCGGGAAGCAUGUGAGCUGAAGGAGCCCACGGAAGAGUACUGGGCCCAUCCUCUGGACGACAAUUUGUUUGAAUGGCACUUCACAGUACAAGGACCUCCAGCCACUGACUUUGAAGGAGGUGUAUACCAUGGGCGAAUUCUACUUCCAGCAGAAUAUCCUAUGAAACCACCAAAUAUAAUAUUAAUAACGGUUGUUGUGUUUCAGCCCAAUGGAAGGUUUGAAACCAAUAAGAAGAUCUGCCUCAGUAUCUCGGGUCAUCAUCCAGAAACAUGGCAGCCUUCCUGGUCCAUUCGGACGGCCCUUCUGGCACUCAUUGCUUUCAUGCCAACUCCUGGCAAUGGGACCAUCGGCUCUUUGGACUACACCCCAGAGGAACGACAGAUGCUCGCACGCAAGUCACAGAUGUUGGAGUGUCCCAGUUGUGGUAAAGUUGUGGAGCAGCUUUCAUCAUCCGUGUCAAAGCCCCCCACACAGGAGGAAUCCUCACUCAUAAGGCAGAUAGCACUCAAGGCAGAGGAGCAGCCUGUUGAGGAGGAGGGAGAGAACGAGGAAGAACAGCAACCUAGUGAGGAUAAACCAGUGAGGCAGCGACUGGGUGUGUCUCAGCACCUGCAGCCGCAGUCACAGUUACAGCAUGCCACUGUUGGUGUAGUGAGCAGUACAAGUGACAGUUACAAGAACUGGCUGAUGUGGUUCCUUGUGGCUGUCAUCAUAUUCCUGAUCUAUAGAAGGUUGUUUCUCGUGUAAUAACAUCCACCCAAAUUUUCACUUUUUCAGAAAAAUCAUUUGACAUUAUACACACACACACGCUAUACUUUGAAAAUAAGAUGCCCUUGAAUUUAAGACGCAUCCAGUUUUUGAAUGUGGGUUUUAGGGGAGAUAUUAGAAAGGUGUGCAUUCCUCAAAUUUAAGAUGCACCUCAAUUUUUCAACAGGAAAAAAUGUUUAAAAUGUGCAUCUUGUGUUCAAAGUAAUAUAGUAUACACUGUAUCUUAGUCAAUUAUUAUAUAUAAAAUUCAUAUAUACAGUGAUAAAAAGAGGUUACUGUGGACAAUAGAAAAUAAAAUUUGUAUGGGUGGAUUUGCAUGAAUUUUGGAAUGAAAGACGAAGUUUACUUCUACAGGAUGCCAUGCCUUGUAUUUGUGAAGUAACACCUACCUAUAUAUAGAUGUAUAUAUGUAUUCAUUGUAGUGCUUAUUGAAAUGUUCUGUAAAAAAGUGAGAUCACUGCCUUGGUGAGCUGUCUUUCAUUUCAUGGUACUGGAUAGACCCCUUUAUUUUAAAGCACAAAGGGACACAAGUUGCAUUACCAUUGGACUCAGAAACUGGUAAUAAUAAUAUAAUGAUAAUAAUAUCCUCUGCUUGUAUCAAGUUAAGAUCUUGUAAUGGGAUUGUAUUCUAUGCAGUGCAAGAAAAGAUUGCCUUGUAUCCAUUUGCCCUUGCAUGUGUGAACUGCAGAACCAGUCAGUGAAUUUGGCUGGGAUUUGAUGUGGUGAAUUUAAUUUUGAUUCAUUACCAUUCUCCUACUCUGUACAGGGUACAUAAUUUUAUUAUUUUAUUUUAUUCCAUUAAUUGUACAUCAAAUAAUAAAAAAGGAGUUUAAAAUAAAACUGUUAUUAGUGAAACACUGUUAUUUGGUGUACAUAUUUUUGUACAGUGGGCCUUGUGCAGAAACUUUGAGCAGAAAGAUUGCUAUGAUCAUGCAUGGUUCAGUUCUGAAUCACUAUUACCUUUAUUUUAUUUACAUAUAUGAACCUUCAAGUUUCAUGAAAAAUGAGUUUCUUCAGUAGCUAAGCAAAAUUAGCUUCUCCGGAAGGAGCAUUCUCCAUGGUGCCAUUUAUGCAGCUUUAUAUCACCCAGCUAACCAUAUUUUGAUCUUUCAUGAACCAAAACACACCAGUACUUGCAUGCAGGUACACUGAGUGCAUUAACUGAAAAUAAAUGGAUGAAGAAAUACAGGCACUUCGACCAUAGUCCACUUACAUUCUGCUACAACAAUAGUGUAUGUUGCCCGAAGGGUGAGGAUUCUGCAUCAUUACAGUUUGUACCGGGAUCCAGGCUGUUCAGGUUCUUUGUCUGCCCUAUCUUGUUACGUCAAGCUCAACUGAAACACAGCUGUUGUGUCAUAACAAGUAAGCCCACAACACCACAGUAGCUGGUUCAACACUUGGCACUGCGAAGCCCAGUUUUAUAGGGACUUGUGAUCCUGUUCACAUUUUGUUGAAGAAACUACAAGAACUUUUGGGGGUCAAAACAAAACGCAGAACAGUUAUUCAUAUUAUUGACUUCUUGAACAUUAUCCACCACCCCAUUUCAGAAUGAUGAGUGCUACUGUCUUUAGGGAUGUAGUGCUGUGUAGUCUGGUAGUUCAGCAGUGUUCUACUUAAAGGUCUGUGAAUUUCUACCAGACUACACAGUGUCACAUCCCAGACACAUGUAAUGCCCACAACUGCCUAACUUUCUGACACUCAGGUAUGGCCUUCGCAACAAAUACAUAUAUUUAGUGGCAGUAGUGGUAUCCAAUGACUGGAUAUUUUCCUAAAUGAAGUCCUGUAGCAGCCCAACAGGACAUCUGGGAUUAAUGACAAAUUCUUUGUUUUUUGCCAUAUAAUCAUCUUUCUUUCCUUCAUUCAAUUCCUGAAGCUGCUUCUGGAGCUCGGGCAUCCAUAAAACUCCUCCAUCUGGUCCUGUUGGCUAGCAGUCUUUUUACUUUGUUCCACGUUUUGCCAGCUUUUCUGGCCUCUUUGAAGUUUUCCUGGGACGACUAUAUCUACGAGCACCCUGGGGGUUGCAGUCCAGUGCAGUCUUUUCUACGUCUCCAGUAGGUUUCCUCAAAGUAUGAUCGAUCCAAUUGCAUUUUCUUUUCUUUAUCUGAACAUCAUUGGCUGUCGGUUUGUGACUGUCCAGAGGUCUUCAGUUGAGAUAGUUUCCAGCCCUCUUAUGUUUAUGAUUCAGCAUAAACAUCUAUUAAUAAAACUCUGCAGCAUGUCAGUGAUCUGCUUUGUGACCCUCCAUGUCUCACAAGCAUAAAAGAAUAUUGACUUCGCGUUCAUAUUGAAGAUGCGGACUUUUAGUCUUCUUGGAAAUAUAUUUAUUUCUCCAGAUUGGAUAUAAUUGGAUAAUGGCCUUAUUUGCCUUUUUUAUUUGAUUUUUAACAUCUUCAACUGCUCUCCCUCUCUUGGUUACAGUGCUUCCCAAAUAAGAGAAGGUAUCUACUUGCUCAAUUUCUUGUUAAUAACCUGUUAGUCUCCUUUGUAUUUUAUUGUUUACCCUCAUUUCUUUAGUCUUAUUUACACUAUUAUCUAGCCCAGCUCUCUUUGUUUCUUGCAGAUUUGUUAGUUUUUCUUCCAUAUCAUUGAACCUCUGGGCCAUCAAACAGAUAUCAUCUGCGAAGUCUAGAUAUUCGAGUCUGUCCAUCAUGCCCCACUGGAUCCCUCUCUUCGUCAUACUAGUUGUUUUCCUCGUCACAUCCGGUACGAGCAGAAAUAUUGUAGGGGAUAGAAUGCAUCCAUGUCUUACUGCUGUAGUUACUUUUAUGUAUUCAGUAAGUUUGCCAUCAUGCAGGACUUGGCAUUUAAAGCCUUCAUAUAUGUUUCUGUAUGUCAGCAUCCUGUUGCAAUCGUUCAAAUUAGCAUCCAUUGUUUAUCUUCCAUCAAAAUUGCAACACUUUUACA